UGCUGCCCCCUCUCCAUAUUGAUUCCUUGGAGCUUAAUACCCGAAUAUAUUGAGCGAUGAUGCAACAUGCUCGUCAUCUUUUUUAUGCUGCAUUCACAUAAAUAAGAACCACUACGUAUCUUUUCUUUCCUCAAGUUCGUUACAGCCAUCAUCAUCAUCAUCUUCACUGCCUUUGUAACUCGCUGGUCUUCCUCCACUUUUGAAAACCGAAAAAUGAGUCAUUAAGUAUCGGAUUCAGUUUAUUUCUUUGUUUCUUGCAUCCACGAGCGCGAAACUUGAAGAAGAUCAAUGGCGAGAAACGAGUGGAUAAAUGGAUAUUUGGAGGCAAUUCUUGAUGCAGGAAGUAAACUUCAAAAGCAAGGUUCAAGCAUCACUAGUAAAAUAGAAGCGAAGAACAGAAAUCUGAAAGGCGACGUCAUAUUUUCUGCUGCUCUGGAAGUUGAUGAUAAUAAUAACAAGGAAACAGCGGUAUCCGCCGGGAAGGCUUUCAGUCCGACUAAAUAUUUUGUUGAGGAAGUUGUUAACAGUUUUGAUGAAUCUGAUCUCCACAGAACAUGGAUUAAGGUAAUAGCAACAAGGAAUACGCGUGAACGGAAUAAUAGACUGGAGAAUAUGUGCUGGCGUAUAUGGCAUCUUGCUCGCAGUAAAAAACAGAUUGCAUGGGAAGCGGCACAAAGUUUAGCGAUCCGUCGCCUUGAGCGAGAGCAAGUUCGCAUUGAUGCAUCCGAGGAUUUGUCAGAACUUUCAGAGGGAGAGACGAAAGAGAAAGGAGAAAGUAACUAUCGAUCAGAAUCAUUCAAGCCAGAAAAGCUUUUCCGGAUCAACUCUGAUCUCCAAAUUUGGACCGAUGACAACAGCAAAUCCAAACGUCUCUACAUUAUAUUGAUCAGCUUGCAUGGUCUGGUGCGUGGGGAGAAUAUGGAGUUGGGAAGAGAUUCAGACACAGGCGGGCAAGUGAAAUAUGUCGUAGAGUUAGCCAAGGCUCUAGCCAAUACCAAAGGGGUUUACCGAGUUGAUUUGUUGACUCGCCAGAUUGCAUCUUCUGAAGUGGAUUCAAGUUACGCUGAGCCCAUUGAAAUGUUAACUUGUCCCGAUGAUGCUGAUGGCCAAAGUGAAGGUGAUAGUUGCGGAGCAUACAUAAUCCGACUCCCUUGUGGUCCUCGAAACACAUAUAUACCGAAAGAAUCUUUGUGGCCACACAUACCAGAAUUUGUAGAUUGUGCAUUGUCGCACGUAGUGAACAUGGCAAGGGCAAUAGGGGAUGAAAUGGAAGGAGGGAAGCCGGUAUGGCCGUAUGUCAUACACGGACAUUAUGCAGAUGCAGGAGCGGUGGCCGCGCAACUGUCAGGUGCCUUAAAUGUUCCGAUGGUGCUUACUGGACAUUCGUUGGGCAGGAACAAAUUCGAGCAAUUAUUGAAACAAGGGAGAUUAAGUAGGGAAGAUAUAAAUUCAACGUACAAAAUUAUGAGAAGGAUUGAAGGUGAGGAAAUGGGGCUGGAUGCUGCUGAAAUGGUGGUUACGAGUACUAGACAAGAGAUUGAAGAACAAUGGGGAUUGUAUGAUGGUUUUGAUCCAAAGCUUGAGAGGAAACUUAGGGUCAGAAGACGGCGAGGUGUUAGUUGCCUUGGUAGAUACAUGCCUAGAAUGGUGGUGAUACCACCAGGGAUGGACUUCAGUUAUGUGACCCAGCAAGAUUCUUCCCUAGAUGGGGAUCUAACCUCAUUGAUUGGCUCUGACAGAACUACUCAAAACAAAGGACAUCUCCCUCCCAUUUGGGUUGAGGUAAUGCGAUUUUUCACCAACCCUCACAAACCCAUGAUACUAGCCUUGUCACGUCCAGACCCAAAAAAGAACGUCACUACUUUACUCAAAGCGUUUGGCGAGUGUCAACCUCUAAGAGAGCUCGCAAACUUGACUCUAAUCCUUGGAAAUAGAGAUGACAUAGAAGAGAUGUCGAACAGCAGCUCAACUGAACUUACAACAGUUUUGAAGCUCAUCGACAAGUACGACCUGUAUGGUCAGGUUGCAUAUCCUAAGCAUCACAAGCAAUCUGACGUACCUGAAAUAUACCGUUUGGCUGCAAAGACUAAGGGAGUUUUUAUUAAUCCUGCGCUGGUAGAGCCGUUCGGCCUAACUCUAAUAGAGGCAGCUGCAUAUGGUUUACCUGUUGUUGCGACUAAAAAUGGAGGGCCGGUGGAUAUUCACAAGGCACUGAACAAUGGGCUUCUAGUUGAUCCACAUGACCAGAAAGCAAUAGCUGAUGCUCUCUUAAAGCUUGUUGCAAACAAAACCCUCUGGUCCGAUUGCCGUAAAAAUGGUCUGAAAAACAUUCAUCGUUUCUCAUGGCCAGAGCACUGUCGUAACUAUCUAUCACACGUUGAACACUGCCGUAACCGACACCCCACAACACGUCUUGAAAUUGUGCCUAGUGCUGAAGAACCAAUGAGUGAUUCUCUAAGAGACGUUGAAGAUCUCUCGCUAAGAUUCUCCAUCGACGGAGAUCUCAAAAUUAACAAUGGUGAACUCGUCGAUGCUGCUACGCGGCAAAAAGAGAUCAUCGAUGCAUUAAUCAAGCGUCGCCUUCGAACUGACCAGCAAAUACCAGGUGUCAUUUAUUCCCCUGGAAGAAGGCAGAAGCUAUGUGUCAUCGCUGUCGACUGUUACAAUGCAGAUGGAACGGCGUCAGAGAAUUUUUCAAAGAUAAUCAAAAUGGUAACAACGGUAUCUGGAACAGGGUUAGCUGGUAUGGUAAUAUCCACCGGUUCUACAUUGGCGGAGACCAUCGAGGCAUUGAAAUCUUGCCAAGUUGAACCUAGUGAUUUUGAUGCCUUGAUUUGUAGCAGUGGCAGCGAAAUGUAUUACCCAUGGAGAGAUUUAGUAGCUGACUUGGAUUAUGCAGCCCAUGUAGAGUACAGGUGGCCCGGAGAUAAUGUGCGUUCUACCAUUAUUAGGCUUGCCAGGGAAGACGGCGCAUCUGAAGAUGAUGUGACAGAGUAUGAUGCAGCAAGCAAUUCUCGAUCCCAUGCUUACUUAGUCAAGCCAGGAGCCAAGACACGGAAAGUGGACGACCUAAGGCAUAAGUUGAGAAUGAGAGGUUUCAGGUGCAGUCCUGUUUAUACACAUGCUGGAAAUCGCUUGAACAUUGUCCCUUUGUUUGCAUCCAGAGCUCAGGCACUAAGGUACUUGUCUGUUAGGUGGGCAAUUGAGCUCUCCAAAAUGAUAGUGUUUGUGGGAGAGAAAGGAGAUACUGACCAUGAAGACUUACUUGUUGGACUCCACAAAACCAUAAUUCUUGAAGGCUCUGUAGAAUGUGGAAGCGAGAUGUUUGUGCGCGGUGAAUCUAGUUACAAAAGGGAAGAUGUAGUUCCGCCUGGAAGCCCCAAUAUCUUCUGCGUAAAACAAGGUUUUGGUGAACAGGAUAUCUCUCUUGUGCUGGACACUCUUCUUGUGACUAAGUAGAUGCAUGCCUCUCUCUCUAGCAUGGCGGUAAAAUCGUCAGGUGGUGAUACUAGCGAGCUCAAAAGUUCGUUAACAACAUAAUUCACUCAUCAAAUAAAUAUGUAAAAUUUUCAUUUUUCCAAGAAUUUGUCAUACAGCCACACAUAUAUUACUGCUUAGAGCAGGUCUUAUGGUCGAAUCCAACAUAUUCCAAGUGUGGAAAAUUCAUGGAAUGUCAAGUCUAGUGGCUUUCAA